CUCUGCUACAUGUCACACUCAUCUCCACAUUUUUGUUAGCUAUAACUGUAAAUAUUAUUUUUGUAUACAUGUAUAUAUCUUAUCCUUACAUUUUUUUUAAAAAUUAUAACCAGUGUUACCUCCGGACACUCUGGGGGGAGCUAUGUGGAGAUAAACCUGACAAGCUUAUUUUGUAAAUAGUUUUCAAUGUUAUUUGUAUUUGUUUUGUCAAUUUCUCACUGCAUGUACAUUUAUCAUUAAAUGAUUGUACCUGUUGUUUAAGUAAAUGACCUUGAAGACUUUUUCCGUUGUGAUACUAACAGCGUGACACACUUUUGGUUGUUCGCAAAUACACUAUUACACACACACGCUCCUUGUUCUAUUCUCACGCGUUAUCGAGCAAAUCGCAUUCUAAAUCAAGUAUUAUUCAUAUUUUAGACUGCUGUGCCAUUUCUAUUACACCCUACGUCAAAGAAACUUACUGGAGUCAUAUUUACCUCAUUGGAAUUAUUACUCAUUUAUAAUUGCGGAUUUUCGGGACCAAGACUCAACGGAACACGCGACAACUAGCUGAUUUAAGUGAAAGCAAGUGCAACAGCCAAAGCUACUGUCGCAGCUUUUGCUGCAAGUGAAGGACACGCUCAUCCACGUGUCAUAGAACUACCAAAGACUAAUGAAGGUCUAGGUUUCAAUGUUAUGGGUGGUAAAGAACAUAAGUCGAAUUAUUCCUGGUGGUGUUGCAGAUCGUCAUGAUGGUUUAAAUCGUGGUUAUCAAUUACUAUCAGUAAAUGGGAUUUCUGUGGAGAGUGAACAUCAUGAAAGAGCUGUUGAACUUUUGAAAUUAGCACAAGGUACUGUGAAACUUGUAGUAAGAUAUACACCACGUAUUCUUGAAGAGAUGGAAGCACGUUUUGACAAGCAGAAAGCUCGACGUCGGCAACUUACUAGAUCUUUGAAGAAGCUCAGGGACCAACAGGCUAUCCCAUCGGGUUUAUAUGAAAUGAUUAAACCAGUGGGAACCCAUCAGCCGAGAUUGUAUGGAUUGCCAAAGGUGCACAAAACGGGGGUCCCAUUAAGACCUAUUUUAGAUAUGUAUAACUCUCCUUACCAUACUAUAGCUAAAUGGCUGGUAACUGUAUUGAAACCUCUACACGAAAAGCUUGUAAAAUAUAGUGUUAAGGAUGUGUUCCAAUUUGUUGAUAAAAUCAAAAACGCGAAUACGUUGAGACUAAAGAUGACGUCAUUGGAUGUAACAUCGUUAUUCACAAACGUCCCACUCAUAGAGACUGUAGAAUAUAUAGGUGAACAGCUGAUAAAAAAUGAAAUUGAAACUACUGUCCCUAUUAGCGUCGUGAAAGAGUUAUAACUCAAAUGCACCAUGAAUGUAAAUUUCAAGUUCAACGGUGAAAUAUAUAGACAAACAGAUGGUGUUGCAAUGGGUUUACCACUGAGCUUUAUACUAGCUGAUAUUUUUCUAGCUAAACUAGAAAAUGGUCCACUAAAAAAGAUUCACAACUUCACAUUUUACUGUAGAUACGUGGAUGACACGUUCAUCCUCUGUAAAGAUAAUACGUCACCGCAAGAGGUUCUUAGACGAUUUAAUGAAGUGCAUCCAGCCAUUCAGUUUACAUCUGAAGAAGAGAAUGAUGGCCGAAUAGCCUUUUUGGACGUUCUCUUGACUAAGAGAGUGGAUGGAUCGUUAAAAAGGAAUAUAAACAGAAAAAGUACUUGGACUGGGCAGUAUACGAAUUUCAUGAGCUUUGUACCUCUACAGUACAAACGAAAUUUGAUCAAAAACCUUAGCUACCGUAUUCGCAUUAUAUGUUCUGCUGAUAUAAUCGAACAAGAGCUUACCACCUUGCAUAAUACUCUCAGGGAGAACGGCUACCCUAGAAAGUUUAUGAUUAAAUAUAUGGUCACGAAGGCGAAAUACAAACAGUGAAGAAGAAAUCCUUGUUCAUGCGUCUACAAUUCAGAGGGGAUGCGGCUAGCGAAAUACUAACUCAGAGACUACGUAGGACAAUACAAAAGUCUUUUGACGCCGGAGAACUGCGAUUAGUAUUUUCUACGCGCCCAAUGGUUACACCGAAGCUAAAAGAUGAAUUACCUAGAAUGACCACCUCAUUUUGUAUUUAUCAGUUCAACUGCUCCUGUGGAGCAAGUUAUAUUGGUCAAAGUUCUAGGAAUUUACAUUUUCGUGCUCGUGAACACCUUCCAGCGUGGUUAAACAAAGGUUUGAUGAAGAAGGUGAACAGCUCAAUAUUGGCCCAUUUAGUACAAACCGGUCAUAGUGCCAGUAUAAACCAAUCUUUUUCAAUUAUUUAUAAGGUAAGUAAUUUUUUGCCAAAAUUGGUCAGACUGAAAGUCCUUCAAACGGCUGAAGCAGUAGCCAUCCGAAUGAAGAAACCGGAGCUAUGCGUACAGAAGAAAUAUGUUCAACCACUCCUCCUCCCCUGGCCAACAUCAAGGCCAAUUAAUCAAUCGUAAUCUUAACUAUUGAAUGACCCAAUUUGACUAUUACCUUUCGUAGUCAAUUGUAAUUGUCCAUGUAAUCUUUAUUCAUAAUUCUUUGUAUUAUUACUAUUAUUAGUAUUAUCGGUUAAAUAUCAUGAUUCAUUCACUUCGCAUUCAUCCCUCCGUAUCACUUCUUACUUAUUUGAUCGAAUUGUAAUUGCACUAUUAUUUCUGUGUCACCCUAUUUGACCCAUAUUUAUUCUGAUCAUGGAUCUUAAAAUUUUCAUUUAACACAUAUGCAGAUUCAAGUUAACAUUUUAUAUGAGUCAUAUUAACAUUAACAAUUUUAUUGUAUUUUGUUUAUCACAAUCCUAAAUUCACAUGCUCUAAACGAUGUACAUUGCCUUUACCUUGGCCAUUUUCCGGAUUACUAAUUUGGAUAUAUAAUUGUAGAACCUGAAGAGAAUUUAUCGAAAAGAAUAUUCUUCGUUCAAAUAUUAGCCUUUUAGGUAUGUGUGCAUUUUUAUGGAUUAUGCUGAGACAUGUACAUGUAUGAUAUAUGAUCACUUCAGCUGUGAGGAAAUAACAAUGGUAGAAAUUCCGCUGAAUAUAUGUUUGUAGUCUAACGACUAUUGUCUGUGGAAGCAAGUACUAGAUUUGAGGCAAUGGAUGUAAUGAGAUACGAAUGAUCCAGUAAACGUUAAGGUGGGAAUGUACGUUCGCUGGAUCCGAACCCAGGGCCUUGAUCUACUGGGCCACUGAGGAGUCCUACAAUAGGACGAAACGGCCGUUCAGUGCUUCCAGGUUUUCAAUGGUGAUCUGACAUCAAUCAGUUCAUGAUCUCAAUCAAAAACUUAAUAAUCUCCACAACCGUUAUGCUGAUAAUAAUUUUCUUCCUUAUCCUUUGAUUAGUACGUACCCUCAUUUAAUAUUUAGUCUGGAAUCCAUUUUAUGACACAAUAUUUUUUAUUUUCCUAUAGAUAUAUAUAUACUUUCCAUAUAACUAAAUAUAAAUCUGAAUGUAUAGUUUAAGUAAGUGAUUUCGUCGAAAACAAAAAGAAAUUACUUCACUGAAUUCAUUUCUGAUUCGAAGAAAUAUUCAUUUCAAUAAACUUCUCAUCAGGUUCUACAAUUAUCUCAGAUCCAAAUUAAUAAUCUAUAAAAUUGGUCAGAUUUAAGGCAGAAUAGAUCAUCUUAAAAUUGUAAUAUGUGAAUCAAGGAUUUUGUUAAUGUUAGAGUUGACUAAUAUGACUUCAGAAACAAAUACAAUCAAGUGACCCAAUAGGAGCAGAGGAUAAACAUCCAUCAUCCUCUAUUGCUAAACAUAUAAUUGAAACAGGUCACAAGAUUGAUCUAAAUUCAGCUUUUGUAGUCCUGUAUAAAAGUGUAAAAGGGCGUAUACUAAGGUUUAUUGAAGCCUUGGCCAUACGAAAAUCCAAACUCCCUUUGUGUGUUCAAAAACAGUUUGUCUUACCUUAAACCUACCCUGGUAAUAUUGACUUAUUAUCCAGAGUGAUUAGGUUUCGCUUUGUGUUCACAUUAUUAUUAUUAUUACUCUUAUCAUUAUCCUUAUUUCCUCUUACCUUGUUUCCUGUCUAGUUGACCUUUUAUUUUUAUAUAUAAAUGCUCUUAACAAGUAUAUGUGUGAUCAGAUUGUUCGAAAUGUAUUGCGCUAAUAUAUCACGUAGUUCUGAUAAUCUUCGUCUUCUAAUAUCAUUAUCGAAGUUUCAAUAGUUGAAAUCGUAAGUCAUUUGAAGCUAGACCACCUCCACUGCUGAGGAGUCCCACAGUAGGACGAAACGGCUAUCCAGUGCUUCCAGCUUUUUCAUGGUGGUCUAGCUCCAAUUGACUCAUAAUCUUAACUAUGGUCAACAUGGGGUGAGAGAAAGAAUAAUGUAAUUACCAAUGGAAAAUUACAUAAUAUGUAGAAAAAUAUGAAUUAGGUAAAGUAUAGUAGAUAGGGGUGGGUGCUGAAUAAAUAUCUCGAAACGGUUAUCAAGUGGUAUAAUAAUAACAAUGAUAAUAAUACUAAUGACAAUGGUAAGAUGUGUGGAUAUAACAAUGAAAACUAAUCAAAUUACGUCACCAUAUUGUUAAAUUGAUUAUUGACUAUUUGGGGCCGAAAUUAGUCAGGGUAAAAGGAGGGGCUGAACAUAUUUCUUUUGAAUACGAAGCCCUGGCUUUUUGAUCUGAAUAGCAAUCGCUCCAGCUGUCUGAUGGGAUUGGGUAGACUGUUGUUAACACGGUCUAUUAUUGUGAAAGAUUUCUCAAUGUUAGCUGUAUGUCCUGUUUGAAUGAAAUGAGCCAAAAUGGAGCUGUCGACAGUGUUAACUACAUCUUUGCUUAACCAUACUGAGAGGUGCCCACGAGCCAGUAUAUACAUAUUCCUAGAACAUUUACCAAUAUAACUUGCUCCACAGGAGCAGUUGAAUUGAUAGAUAAAGAAAGAAGUGGCUAGUCUAGGUAAUGUAUCUUCCAACCUCGAAGUGAUCAUUAGACGUGUGGAAAACAUUGAUUGUAGUCUACCUGCAUUAGAAGUUCUUUGGAUCAAUCUGCGUAACUAGUCUUGGUAUUUCACUAGAUACAUCGCCUCUGAAUUGUAUGCGUAUAUACAGAGGCUUUUUGCUCACGGUUAGGCAUUCCUUAUACUCUCUUUCAUUGGUUAUAUGUUUAUUUAUAAAUUUCUCCGGAUAUCCGUUUUCUUUCAGGGUCGUGUGCAAUGCCCUUGUUCUGUCUUCCACUGCAUCUAGAGAGUAUAUAGUCUUGAUCCUGUGUUGAAGUGUUUUAAUCAGGUUCCUUUAGUAUUGUAGAGGAACAAAACUAAAAAAAUUGUGUACUGGCCCGUCCUUGAGUUUUCUUGUUUAUGUUUCCUCUUAAUGACUCGUCUUUUCUCUUUGUAAGUAGGACGUUUAGAAAUUCUAUUUUACCUCCAUUUUCUCAUUCACAUGUGAAUUUAAUGGACAGAUGAAUUCCAUUGAAUCGCUCGAGUGUUUUUAUCAAGCCAGUAUGGUCGUUACAAAGGAUAAACGUAUAGUCCAUAUAUCGACAGUAAAAUGAAAACUUAUCAAUCUGUUGUGUCAGUGGACUGUUUUCUAGUUUAACGAGAAAAAUGUCGGCCAAUAUGGGACCUAGGUAUGAAACCAUCGUGACAACAUCUAUUUGUCCAUACAUCUGACCACUGAAUUUGAAAUGUUUAAAAAGAAUAUUGGCAUUUUGGUCGUUACAACUGUUCUUCAAUUCACUGUACGGAGUUUGGACGAUCGAAUUUAUUUACUGCGGUUAGCGCUAGUUUGGCGAAAUUGUUUUCUAUGGGAUGGGGAUGCCAACACUUUGCACAACGCUCCAUCUUUGCACGGGUUUUAGUCAGACAAUAACAACAGAAGAGCUACAGGCGGAAUGUAAUUGGUGCCAUACUUAUGUUAUUUCUGUGCGAAUUGUACUUUGCCAUGCACAACUUACUAACUCUUAUAGACUUUCAGUAUCCUUCAAUUAAGUUACGUCAGUGAAUCAUUUCUCGAUAUAUGUCGUUCGCAAUAGCCAGAAUUUUCAACCUUGCUGUGGUGAGCUUAAAUGUUUUAUCGUACUCAAUUCUGUAAUUUAAGAAACCAUAAUUUCUCAGACUCAAGUGAACGUUGCAUUCAAGGGUUCGAAGAUUCAAGUGUUGAAGCAGUAGUAACUUUCUUUCUACAGUGAGAAGUUAUGACUCCUUGUCACCCAGUGACUUCAUUGCGAUCCCACAGAAUGUCGUCUGGAAGUCUUUCGGUGUCACAAAAUGUGGAUAAUGGCGAAAAUCAUUUGUUAAUGCUGGUUUUAUUUCGCGCUUCCAUUUUCACAUGUUGUACAUGGUUUUAUUUCCAGAGUUAUCAAUUAACUGCAAAUCUGAUAAAAAGUGGUACUUCUCCCACUUAGAACUAUUGAACUAAUGUUCUACAUUGAACGGGAUAUUCAUAGAGUCCUCGCGGGCUGGAAUGUCUCAACAUCAACAGAUACAUAAGGAACCAAUCAAAUUCCAACCCUCUCAUUGAUUCGCACAAAUAACCUACUAGCCGGAAUGAGCUCACUGACCCUCGAUGCCUGAAGGUAAAGUUUCAUAAGAAGCGAAAAUGACUCAAUUAGGUCUUAAAAAAACAUCAAAGCAAUGAAGAAACGGGCAGUAGACGAUGUAUUAAAACGUCUGCCAGAAAUUCGUCAACUCAAUUAAAAAUAAGCAAUCUACGUUAUCUUUGAAAAUCCGGCCGCAAAUAUUUCCUCGGAGCGUCUUUUAAGACUGACAUUCGCAGAGGCCAAGUAUACUGGUUUAAAUUAGAUUGGGGAUGCAGCCAAAUUAGAUAUACUUCUUCACUUCAUGCGAAAACAACGUGGCACAGUCACAUCCAAACUUGUUCUUAUAAUAUUCAAGACGUAAUGACAGUCUCAUCACGAUCUCGCAAACGUUAAUGAACCCAGUCUGUACAAAGUGAUAUCAGUCUCUUAUAUUCAGCACAAAUAUGAGUGAUUAAGUGAAUGUUGGAGUCAAGAAAUCAAACCUACGGAGACAGAGGUAGAUAUUUGGUGUUAUUUUCGCCAAGCUACAAGAGAAUAAAAGAUUAUCUAAUAAUGACGCACACGCCCUAUACUUCAAGCCAUCAACGUCUUAAUCGAACAUCAACAGAACAACGCUUAAGCUAAGACCCAAAAGAGUUUACAUCAAAGGGCGAAAAUCGAGGUAUUCUCACACUUAUUUCUCAUUUGCAGUCCCUCCCAUUCAGGAUGCUCUCCCAGUCGAGAUUAAUACAGCUUCCGCAAUGGAUUGCCUUAAUAGGAGAAUUGAUAAACGCAUAGUGUUUAAUCGUUCACCUUUAACCGCUUGGAAUGGCUGUGCUUGAUACAUGUCUUGUAACUUACACAGUACAAUAGUUAACACAAGUCAGUAACUCAUUCCCAUUUAUCUUAUUUUCACAUUUGUUUGAAUUAUCUCUCACAAUUCGGCUUGCUCACACGGCCUGGAUCACAAUAAAGUAGCUAAUUUAUUUAGUCAACCACAGUAAUAAACUUCAGCUCUUAGUAAGUGUAUUUUAUUUUACAGUGUCACUAACUCACUUUGCGCCCGAUAAUUUAAUGUUCGCUGGUUCCAGAAACCACAAUGCUUUGAUAAAAACGUGUUAGCUCAGAUUUCAAAAUAAAAAACCCACAAAUAAUCACGAAAAUGGGUAGAAUUAAUGCAGUUUAUUGGUUAAACUACCCUCUACCGCACUUUGGUAAAGACGCGAAGCGUUCUGAUUCAACAAGAAGCAACUUCAAAGAAAUCAAUUAGUCGAUAGCAGACAGACUUUUAAGUUAUUUUAUAGCGGAUGUGUUUUAAUUUACAAUUUUCUAAUAAGCACCAUAUAAACAGAGUGAUGAAGAUUCAAAUUUCAUGUCGAAAUCCACAAGUCGAAACAAGCCAGAAAAGGGAAAGAACAUCAAUGCAUCUUUCAUCGUUCAAGACGUGAUCCCUGGAAAAGCUUCAGAAUCAGAAUGGUCAGCAUGAAAUUAUUCGUUAUCUGUUCAGGAAUGAGUUGAUUGAAGAUGAUUUUGCUGAAAAGACAUGUUUUGAUAUCACCAAAGAUAUAGUUGAUGAAACACUCAGUGCUAUAUUCCAGAUAUAUUUAAAGGACCAAUUAAUACCUUUCACAGUUCAUCAAGCAUCUCUGUGCCUCAUGCAAUACAUUGACGUAAAUAGCGCCACACAAUUUUGUAUAUUAAAAUGCGUAGUUGGAAUUCAUGUCCUGUGAUCAAGGAGAGCCUUAUAUUAAUCUUAAUCCAGAGUGGUUCGAAGAUGAACGUACGUGCUGGUUUUUAUAAACGGACUAUGUUUGUUAGUUGCUGAAUCAAGUAGAAUAGAUUCAUGGGCUUGUAGCGUGGCGUCGAGUUGGGAUUAACUGUGAACACCGCUACAAAGAAACACGUGCCAGAAUAGAUCAGAAGGCGAGGGUUGGACGUAACCAAAUAGAUCCAUAAAAUCUCCGAGAAGCCAAAUAUCAGAAGGCAAUUAAUGGACCAAGUCGAGGUGUAUAUUUGCUGGCGAUCUCGUGGCAUCGAAAGGAUACCGAGAUCGUGCCAGGAUACAACCUUGGUUACAGAAGGUAACCGAAUUCGCGCGAAGUUACAAUCGAAGUGUGUGUACAAGAAUGGAAGCACAAAAUAGCUGUCAUUAGCACAGUCAAACAAAAGCACAUUAAAACAAACACUGGUACAGUUGGUUAUAAUAAUAAUUGUUUUUAUUAAACCAGUUGUGUUCUCGUGAUAAAUGUGAGUCACUACAGGCUCAAGGAGCGAUUUCCAAGACUUCUUAUGCAAAGAUUUCAGACAAUCUACAACCCCAAAAUAAUCAUCAGGUUUUACAAAGGCUUCAAAAUAGUCUUAUCCACAGAAAUGAAGAUGUCAGUGACAAUAAAGCUAUUCGUAAGGAGCAUAUUGUUGAUAUGUCCCAUAGUGAAAAUCUCCACCAAAUAUCUAUUCGACAGAAGAAGCCUCAAAAGCUGAAAAACGAUUUUAAAGACGGUAAACAAAUUCCUUAAACAUCUAAUACUAUUCAUGCAAAAAAUAAUCACUGAAAAUCGGAGAUCACUGGUGUUACAAAUAAAUACUUCGUCCUAUCUGUUGCAUCACUUCGUCUGAGCUUCCGAAAUUCAUUUCACACUUAUUCAGUAUUUAUUGGACGGUUUACACACCACUGAAUCCCUAGUUAUUAAGGUUACUUAACUUUGAAAAUAUUCAUUGGAAAACAAGGUGAACUGAUAAACAUCUUUUUCACAUGGUAUCAAAAUGAAUCAAAUUUACCUGCUACCAGGUCACUUGUUAUUUAAGUCCAUCCUAAACGAAAAUGUGUAGGUCAGUAUUGCUUGUUUCAAUGAAAACUGUACACUAGUACUAAAAGCUGGAAGAUGCUGAUAAUUAAAAGUUCUACUUUCU